AUGUCGAGCCGCUAUGAUCGCGCGAUUACGGUGUUCUCACCCGAUGGACACUUGUUCCAGGUUGAAUAUGCGCUCGAGGCUGUGCGACGAGGCACGACUGCCGUGGCAGUCAAGGGGGAUAACAUUAUUGUAGUUGGGGUGGAGAAGAAAUCCACCGCGAAGCUUCAGGAACCUCGUACUGUAAGAAAGAUCCAUGUAUUGGACGACCAUGUCUGCUUGGCUUUCGCGGGACUCACUGCCGAUGCAAGAGUUCUGGUGAACCGCACAAGGGUGGAGUGCCAGAGCUUCAAGCUCACCAUGGAAGAUCCGGUCUCAGUGGCGUACAUCACUCGUUAUCUAGCGGGAAUUCAGCAGAAGUACACGCAGAGCGGAGGUAUGCGUCCUUUUGGGAUCUCAACUCUUAUUUGUGGAUACGAUCGAAAUGGCCUCUCACUCUACCAAACUGAACCGUCUGGGACCUUCUACGCUUGGAAAGCGAAUGCCAUUGGCAAGAAUUCUAAAACUGUGCGCGAAUACCUGGAAAAGAAUUAUACGGAUGAGCUCGCCGCAUCGGACGAGGAGUGCAAGAAGCUGGCGGUGAAGGCGCUGUUGGAGGUGGUUGAGAGCGGGGGAAGGAAUAUUGAGAUCGCGACCAUGAGGAUGAACGAGCCUCUCAAGAUCUGGAGCGAUGAAGAGGUGGAUGCUUUUGUGUCGAGCAUCGAGGCUGAGAAGGCCGCUCAAGCCGCCACGAGCGGAGGAGCUCCCGCUGCCUCCUCAUAA